AUGGCGCAGGAGGUGAUGUACCGGGUGACGUCGCAGGCCACCGGGCCUAAGGCCUCGACGGUGGCCAUCUUGCUGGGCACCUACGCGGAGCAAGGCGAGAACCAUGGGAGGCCGACGUACCAGAAGACGGAGCCGAUCCCCGGGCACCCCGACCUGAAGGUCUUCAUCUACUUCUGGGACACCCGCGACGGGCUGGAGAACUCUGGCUGGUGGUUCGGGGACUCCGUCGGCGGGACGCUGGUGUGGGCGCGGGCGCCGCUGCUCGCGCAGAUGGUGCCGCCCGUGGGCUGGAAGGUGCCCUGGGACGCUCCUGCGCCCGAGCCGGGAGUCCUGAGCGUGCAGAGGGAUUUGGCGGUCGUGCGGGGCGCCGCGGCCUUCGCGCCCAAGGCGCGCCCGCUCACCGCGGCCGCCCACGGCCUCGCCCCGCCGAACGUCGUCGGGAGCCUCCUGGCGGCCGCGAUGCAGCAGGCACCCCAGCAGGAGGGCCAGAAGGCUGGCACCGUGUACGUCGCCGGCCUCCCCAGCGACGCCACGGAGGAGGAGCUGGCCGCGCUGUUCAGCAACGUCGGCGCCGUGGAGGCCGUGCAGAUCUACCGCGACGAGUCCUCGGGCCUGCCCCUGGGGCACGGCUUCUGCGACUUCUACGACGCGUCGCACGCGCUGCUGGCGGUGCAGCAGCUGCAAGGCUCCGAGUACCGGGGCAGCCGGCUGUCCCUCGACCGGCAGGACCCCCGCGCGGAGGCGGAGGAGCCCAGCGGCACAGGUUGGUCCACAUUCCUGAACGGGUCGCCUGCCAUCCUUAGAGUGACAAAGAGUGAGCGCUUCAAUAUCAUGGGCUGUGAGAGUAUCCGGGCCGAGACGCUGGCUCGAGCUACGGGCACGACAGUCAGCACCAAGGAGGCUUGUGGCAACCACAGGCCGAGCUGCCCCCGAGGGAGUUUCCUGCAGCGGGCUCGCGCCGAGUCUGUCGGCGCAGCGGCGGCGCUGGCGCGGCGCGUCCUCGAGGGCGCAGGCGUGCCCGCACCUGGUAUCCGCGGCAGCGGAGAUAUCCCGACGGCGCAUGUACGCGAACUGCUGGAGGCCGUGCUCGUUGGGCGGGACCUGGGCGUCAACGGGCAGCAUGCCGAGCCUGGGCUACGCCUCGCACAGCGCCGCUGCCACAAGGGCUGCGCGCUCGUGGCUGCCAGCGGGCGCGAGCUCGACGACGGCUCCACGCUGUGGGACGCUGGCGUCGCGGACGCCGGCACGAUCCGGAUCGUCCAGUCGGUGCCCACGGUGCCCAUGUACAGCGACGACGAGUCCGUGUCGGGCGCGGCGGACACCGGAGGACUGCGGGGGGCGGUGCAGCGCGUGCGCCUCGCGGGCAGAGGUGUCGGCCGCCUGAGCCGGUCGGCGGCCACCGGGCCCGCCGUGCUGGUGACGGUGGCCUUCGCGCUGGCGGUCGCCUUCAUAGGUCUCGUCGUGGGGCUUUCCGCGCUGCAGGAGCUGCGCGGGCUGCGCAACACGCUGUCGGGCCGCACGGGCGACCCCGAGGAGGACGGCGCGGUGCUGCCGAGCGCCUCGGGGCGCCUGCGGGUGGACCUGGAGAGGCUGCGGUCCUCCAUGCCGCCGGCGCCGGCGCCGUCGCCGCGGCGCGACGUGCUGUGGACCUACCGGAAAUUUGCCGCGAGCCCGGCCGCCAGCUCCGACGGCGGUUGCGACGACGAGGAGAAGAAGCGAGGGCCUCCGCUGGAUCAGCUGCCCUACCAGCGGAAGUUCCUCUUCCUCCAGCGGGCCCACCGCACCUUGGAGGACCGGCUCCACGCGCUCUUCCUGGACGCGCCCGACGGCGCCGGGGAGCUGCGAGUGGCGCUGGGGCGGGUGGUAGGGCGCAGCUCGGGGCGCGAGGUGGCGCUGCCGGUCGCCGGCGAGGCGCUGCUGGACGGGCAGGACCACGAGUUCGCGCCCGCGCUCUCCACCGAGGCCAGCGGCGCGCUGCAGGCCGCGCUGGACGCGGCGCUGGCGCGGUGGCAGGCGGAGGACGCGGCCCGGCGGCGCUGGGCCGCGGUGGCGGUCGAGGAGCGCACGCGCAGGCACGCGGAGGUCGGCGAGUCCCUGACGGUGUACCAGCCCGAGGGCAGCUGGCACUACCAGGAGGCGUAG